AUGGUCAUCCUUUUCGUUGCCAUGUCACACGGAUACGCAAUAAAUCGUCGUGCUCCAACUAAAACUUCUAUAGCUCCUCCAAGCGCUGCAGAAACAUCACUUCUUGCAGACGAAGAGCCAGUAAGCUCAGAUGGAACAUCAAUAGUACCUUUUGCCCCUUAG